GAGAUUCGAUCACGCCUUCAAGAGUUGCCUGAGUGGAUGCUGGAAGGGCUGGAAGUCGUUCAGCUAAGCCGGCUUACCAAAAAGAAGCUCAGCUUUCCAUGUUAUGGAAUGCAGUGGGGUGCAGCGAUUUACCUCUACCCGAUGGAUGAGUCGUUGAUCGAGUACUUUCCGCAUCCUCCUCGACCAGAACAAGUGGUCGAAGCCAAGAUGUUCGGAGCGGUCUGGGAAGAAGACGAAGAUGGCUAUUGGCGUCUGGAAUGGACCGAAGACACCAUCAAAGACUUCUAUCUCAACAACGUGCUGAUUCACGAACUGGGUCACUUGUUGGAUACGCGAAACAACAACUAA